AUGUUGGUUAUGUCUCGGUUUCGGGAGAGGUUUUCCGUCCAGUGGGUUAAAUCGGGAUCUGCCGUGAAGGCUCCGAGUCUGUUUACGGCAAAGGCUAUGUCUGGCCUUGUUGCACACGCGGCAUACAUUAAGGAACCGAUUAAUGAAGCAUAA